AUACCAUCAUCAGUCGUUAAAACAAUUUGAUAAAUUAUCUUCGACUUUCUUUCUCUUCUCUCUCUUAAUCCUUCAGAGAGAGAAUGUCUCCGAUGGUUGUUUUUGGUGGCAACGACAUGUUUCUUCACUUGCGUUGGCUCUCAUAUGCCCAACACAGUUGGUUACCUCAACGACGGUGACUGGUUUUCUCGUCCGAUUUCGGUGGAUUCAUCUCCGCCGUUGGUCGGCUCCCGUCCGGAAUUGUCUGGCUCACAUAGUAGAGGUGUCCGGCUUUCGUCCAGCACCGUCGCGUUUCCACGGUGGCAUGUGGCUAGCUUUCUCCUAUGCAUCCUCUUUCCUUUGUUUAUCUGUGUUUUUACUUUUGUUUGCUUUUAAUAAUCUCACAUACAUGGGUUGGUAAUGACAGUGUAAGUAAUCUAGCUUUCUACUGUUAUGUUCCGAUCUAUUUCAUGUUGAGACUUAAUUGCAGAAAUCAAAUAAGAGAUCUGAGAAUGAUGAUGAAGAUAAGAAGUGGAAUCCGUCGCUUAUUAAUCAUUGCCAAUCUGCUGAUGUAUCUUUAAUUGGAGCCUCUUUACUAUCUACCGGUGAGAAACCCUUAAGAAUCCAUGUUAGAUAGUCCUAUCAUCAGUGAUUCUGUCACCGGAACUGAAGCUCCAACGGUGGAGGUUGAAGUCGGUUUGCUUAAGAUUGCUCAUCUGACACGUGGUUAUGUCGACGUGUGUUUCAGGAUUGAGUCAAAUCCAGUUUUCUUCUUCUGUGAGCAAGAUGAAAUCUUCUGAUGGGCCUAUUUGGGCAAAAAAACAUUUUGUAAUCUUAAGGGUUCAAAAACGGCUGCAUCUCAAAAGUCAUAAUGCAUCACUUUUAUAAUAGGUUCACACAACCUAAUGCAUAU